AUGAAUUGUGUGCAGAGUCACACCGAUGCCGAGCCAGUUCUCGAGGAGCCUAACCUCUUGACUGAGAGUGAGCUUUCCACUGCCCCUGAUACGUACACAGCUGUCAGUCACGCCGAUCCGUCCUCAAAAUGCUUCACAAAUGCGUACAUCCUGGUGCUAACACAGUUUCAGGGCCAAAUUGACUCUCUUUCCUUGAUUGCAUCAACCCAAAGACUCACAGUGAAGGCGGCUCCUACUGCCCAACAUAUUGACAGCAGUGGUGCGCAGGACAUGGACGGCGUGUCGCUCAUUGAAGAUCACAAUGGGAAGGCGAACUCGGUGCGCGGAGGACAACCCUUUACAGCUUUCAAUUCUAAAGGAGUGGUCCACCGCCGCUCUGGUUCCCCCCCUGGUACCGCACGGUCCGUUCACGGCGGUUGGGCGACCUGGGGAGUGGACGUCAACUCUACUGUCACCAAACCCAUCAAGAAGGGCGGCAGCUCCAAGUUUGCCAAGGUUCCGUUUGCUGAAUUCAAAAAGAGCAAACGUUUCGAGAAACACGAGGCGCCUACAAUGCGAGUCCCAGAGCCUAUUGGCGCUACCGUCCCCUCUGACGAUGAGGCCAUUGACGACGCAGGAUUAGAAGAUUACCUCUAA